AUGGCCGCAGAGCCUACAGGGCGAGGGAGAGUCCUGAAGAGACACUCAUGGGUCUGCGUCUGUUCUUGUGUUUUCUUUCUCCCCCAGCCGAAACAACUUCCUGACAAGUGGCAACAUGACCUUUUCGACAGUGGAUUUGGGGGUGGCGCAGGCGUCGAGACUGGUGGGAAACUGCUGGUGUCAAAUCUGGAUUUUGGAGUGUCCGACGCUGAUAUUCAGGAGCUCUUUGCUGAAUUCGGAACUCUGAAGAAGGCGGCUGUGCACUACGACCGCUCCGGGCGCAGUUUAGGGACAGCUGACGUGCACUUUGAACGGAAGGCAGACGCCCUGAAAGCUAUGAAACAGUACAACGGGGUCCCUCUGGAUGGCCGCCCCAUGAACAUCCAGCUCGUCACGUCACAGAUUGACACGCAGCGGAGACCCGCGCAGAGUGUAAACAGAGGCGGGAUGGCUAGAAGCCGUGGCUCUGGAGGUUUUGGCGGCGGCGGCACCCGGAGAGGCGCUCGCGGAGGGAGCCGGGGCCGCGGCCGAGGCACUGGCAGGAGUUCAAAGCAGCAGCUGUCUGCAGAGGAGCUGGAUGCCCAGCUGGACGCUUACAACGCGAGAAUGGACACCAGUUAAAGAGCGCGGCGGAUCCUCGAGCGGAGCAGGACCCAGAUGUCUCCUCCAUGCUCCCUGGUGGGAGGGGGCGGUGGACUGGGGCUGUGCAGCCAAUGAUGGAUUUGUUUCUUUUAUGUUUUAAAAUAGGAUUUAAAAACUCAUGUAAAGGUUUUUUUUUUUCUUUCCCUUUUUUUUUUUUAAAUUCUGAAGCAGCCCUGUUUUGUACUGAGUUAUUUUUGGGAUAAAUGUUACCGGUUGCCAUUGUGGGGAAGGUGGUGUUUUCACCUUUGCCAUAAUAAAACAGAAACGUGUGUGGAACUGGA